GCAUGUUAAAGAUUCGGGAAAAGAACCCGGGAGGAGUCCUAUGUUUAGUUAUCAUAUUAUGCUGAUAAAUAAUAAAUGACCAAGACUCUCUGCCGCUUGAUCCGUCUGUGCUGUUUGUCUCUUUUCCCCUCUUUAUUUUUCACCUGUGUGUCGUGUCCAAUUGGGCCACGUCUGCGGCUCCUCGGACCUCCUAUGUCGAGCUACCAAGAUUCGGAAAAGCGCCUGAGGGAAACACAUUCUUUAUCCCCAUUUCUACCAAUCGCCUGCCGAGAAGGCUUGAGAGGGGCGUCAUAGGAUCGGUUCCCGCCUGCCCGUCCUGCCAUCAUUGUCAACCUUAUCUUCGGCUUUUGCAGUGAUUGGCCGGAUUCCGUGGUAUCCGUGGCUGCAACAGCUGAAUAAUAAUGGGAAAGCAUGGGAAAGCAUACAGCGUAAGAAUCAUGGGGAUAGGAUGGAUAGAGAGGUACGGAGUACUGUUCUGGAUGAUUCGGCACGUUUGUUCCUAGUUCCUCUUCCUCUUCCUCUUCCUCUUUUUCUUUUCUUUUCUUCCUCUGUCAGAUUCUCUAUCUUUUCUUUCUUUUUACCCCUUCUUCUCCUCAGGGAUUGGUGCUUAAAGUAUUUACGGAUUUAUGAUUCGAGUUUCCUAGGGCAUCCUUCCAUUUUGCUAUCUUUUUCUUUUCUCUCAGUAGGUUAUUAUAAUUGUCUUCCUUUGUCUAUCUGGGGUUGCCAAGUUGCUGAAACUGGUAUACUAUUUUUCUGCUGAGAUAGGACAUAAUAAGCAUUUUUAUAAAAGAGUCUCCCUUCUUCUUCUUCUUCUUCUUUUUUUUUUUUUACCUUUCCAGGAGUUCUUGAAUUCACCUACCAAUUGUUACAAAAACAACUUCAUCUUGGCAGCGCUCUCUCUCUCGUCUCCGGCGUUUUCCUCGCAUCUUUAACUUUCUCUCUGUGUGUGUCAGGAGACGCAACUCCGCGGUAUCCGUGUGCCGGGCGGUGGCAGCUACCUAAGUAUUUACCUCACCGCAACAACACAACAGAAUAAGACAGAAAGAAGCACUUGAUCGUCUCAACCUAACUGUGCGGACUUCUCCUUCCUCUAUCUGCGCCCUCAUAACAGAUCCCAUCAUGGCGACCAAAACCCAGCAGUUCACCUCCACCUCCUCUCCUCUCCCCAAACAAUUCACCACAUCUCAUACAUCUCAUAACCCCUCCGUACUCCAGUUCAAUCACCUAAUCAAACCCCAUAUAAUAUCCCAAUCCCCUCCACUAUCCUCAACCUCAUCCUCAAUGUCCAUAUCUUCCACCUAUCCCUACGCACCCCCCGUAGACAACCCCGCCCCGCUCAACCCCAACAGUCCCAGCCUCCUCAAACGGCUUACAAACCGCCUCCAGCUCGCCUACUACCGCUAUGAAGUCACCUACGGCAUCUAUGUCAUGACUCCCGGGGAGAAAUUUGUCGCGAAUACCUUCCUGCUCGUGUUUAUCUCGCUGCUUGUCUAUGGGCUGUUUUUAUACUUUCCCCCGCUGCUGUAUCAGAAGCUGAGCAGGCUGGCUUGGAUUUUGACCGGGGCCGGCAUGGACGGGGUUAAGGAGAGGGUUUCUGCAGAGCUGAAGUUUGUUAAUGGCUCUGGCGUUGGGUCUGGUUUGGGUGCGGCCCCCGGUCCUGGUCCUGGUCCUUGGAAUUCUGGAGGCUCGAUAUCGAUAUCGCCAACUGCUACCAAUCAACCGUUGCCGCAUGCUUGAGCGUAAUUAUCUUUUGCUCAGCUGUUAACGGCAUAUUCUUUUUCUCUCCUCCCCUCUUUUAAUUUCCUGGUUUUUGGUGCCCCGAGCGCAUUCCUUGGACUUCUGGAUUGGCAUAUUUUGAACCUUGUUUCGCCCGCCAUCGCGUUUGUCACCACCAAACUCAUGCGCGCAUGUCGUCUUUGCAUUCUUAGAGAAUAAAAGCGCAAUUGGGUUUCGUCCAGUUCUGUGACGGCGUUUUGUUUUUCUAGAUUGAAGAGAAUCAGGAUACAUCCAUAUAACUCAAACGUUGGUUGAAUAAUGACCCGCAAGUGGAUUUUGCCUGUCUCGAUGGAGCAGUCAUGGCGCGAGCAAACCCAACUUCUUAUCCCCGCCGCCUACCGCGAUAAGUAAUGCGUUCCUGUUGGAGAUGAAAGAGACUAUCGCAGAACCCAUUGUACAUACAUUCAAGAUGGAUUAUUUUGACCAGUGCGGGUAACCCUAGCGGCAAUUAUAUCAGCAUGGUUUUUAUGGGAUUUUUUCUUCCAACGCAUCAGACCUAGAUUCCUGCAAGUAAGGGCAGGCAGGCAGCCCAGGUUAUUCAGAGCAAGUAUUAGGCGUUAGAUAAUUAUAAUAUGUUAAUCGAAAACAACAGACGCGGAAUAUGGAUACUUCUGUGUGCGCCGAAGGCGGAGGGAGGAAUUGACAGAUUUGACAGAUGCAUGUGUAUGUGCGUCAUCGAUUUCGGGAUCGUAUUUUGUAUGCAGUGAUUGGCAAAACUUGAUUUGUACUGCACAUUUACUAUGAAACAUGUACGCUGUAUGUCUGAAGCCCUGAAUAACUCGGAGUUUGGAAUCGCGAGGUGAACAAGAAGUGAGGAAAUCUGAAACCCGUCAUCCAUAGUACUGUGGCUGAGUCUGCACCGCCCCAAGCGCGGUCUAACGGCUGCUUAUAAAUGCCAAGCAAGCAUCAUCAUCUCAA